CCCCCUUACCCCCGCCCCAGCCGGGAGCCGCGUAGCCGGGGCCCGGCGGGGGAGCUCCGAGCUCCAUGGGCAACACCGUCACCUGCUGCGUAUCCCCGGACGCCAGCCCCAAGCUCAGCCGGGCCCGCGGAGGCGGCGGCGGGGCAGCGCCGGGGCCCGACCGCUGGGCGGACGUGUACCAGGCGGCGGCGGCGGCGGGCGGCGGAGCGGCGGGAGGAGGAGCAGGAGGCUCGGGAUCGGCGGAGGCCGAGUCGGGGGACUCGGAUCCCAGCGGUGGCGGCCCGCACCUCCAGCACAUCAGCGACCGGGAGUUCCCGGAUGAUUUAGCCUUGGAAUCGAAUCCAUCUGAUCAUCCCAGAGCAAGCACAAUUUUCCUGAGCAAGUCUCAAACAGAUGUGCGAGAGAAGAGGAAGAGUAACCACAUCAAUCAUGUUUCUCCUGGGCAGCUUACAAAAAAAUACAGCUCAUGCUCAACAAUAUUUAUAGAUGACAGCACUGUCAGUCAGCCGAACCUUAGAAGCACAAUAAAGUGUGUAACAUUAGCAAUAUUCUACCAUAUAAAGAACAGAGAUUCUGACAGAUCAUUGGAUAUUUUUGAUGAAAAAUCUCAUCCUCUCACACGGGAGGAAGUCCCAGAUGACUACUACAAGCACGACCCUGACCACAAGCACAUCUACCGCUUUGUACGGACACUGUUCAGUGCUGCACAGCUGACAGCUGAGUGUGCAAUAGUGACACUGGUUUAUUUGGAGAGGCUUUUAACCUAUGCAGAGAUUGACAUAUGCCCUAGUAACUGGAAGAGGAUAGUCCUAGGAGCUAUUCUGCUGGCUUCUAAAGUCUGGGAUGAUCAGGCUGUGUGGAAUGUGGAUUAUUGCCAAAUACUGAAGGACAUAACUGUUGAGGACAUGAACGAGAUGGAAAGACACUUCCUAGAGCUGCUGCAGUUUAAUAUCAAUGUUCCUGCCAGUGUUUACGCCAAAUACUACUUCGAUCUUCGCUCCCUAGCAGAUGACAAUAACCUGAGCUUUCUGCUGGAGCCUCUCAGUAAAGAGAGAGCACAGAAACUGGAGGCCAUCUCCCGGCUGUGUGAGGACAAAUACAAGGACUUGUCCAAAGCUGCCAUGAGGAGAUCCUUCAGUGCUGAUAACUUAGUUGGGAUCCGCCGGUCUAAUGCCAUCCUCUCCUGAGGAGAGAGCCAGGGGCAGCACCGUGAGCCAGCAUCCCCAGCAGCCGGAGGAAUCCCACCAGCCAGUGGUGAUGGUGUCUUCCAGCAAGAGGAGAGGAGGGGGAACGAGCCAGGGAGCCCAGAGCUUGAGGAGCAAAAGACAAGACCUCUGUCAAACCACCUCUCUCCUGCUUCUGAUGUGUCCAGAGGUGCAAAACCAAACUUCUCUCCUUCUCUCUCCCACAGAUGUUUGCUUACUAUGUAGGCCUAUAGCUGUGAACUCUUGAGGUUUUUAAUAAGUAGUUUUAAAUUUUAGAAUUCAAACACUAACCACAUGACUAUAGCUACAAUGUUCUCCCCUCCUCUUCCCUGUCACCCAGAGUCUCGCUGCAUUUUAUUUCAGGUCAAUGCAGUGUUAACUAAAACAAAACAAAAACAUGGGACUCUUAAAAGUACAAAGCCACCCUGGAGCUGAAAACAGUAGCAUAGAUGUGUUGACAGCUUUUCCCUGGUUUGGCUACUAAAAGCUGCUAUUAUUGGUGAUCUGUUCAUAACCAAGAAGCUGCCCAGCAGGAACGAAUUCCAGCUCUGCACCCACAACCUCACUCCAGCAGAGAUUGUCAAAAGACUUUGAAUGCUUUGACUUGGGGCAGAGAUGUGGUUUCAUGUAUUGUUAAAAUGUGUAGGGUCCAUGCUGCAUUUCUUGUGAAUUAUGGUGCUUCUCAUUUUCUAAUACUUACAUUGCUCUGGAAGAGAUGCAAUCUGUAUAUUUUUCUGAGGCAUUGAAUGAGAAAGUUGGUCUGGAAACAUCAUCACCAUCCCCACGUUGCAGUGUAGCAAUCCAGUGGUGAACGGCGUGUGUGCAGCACUGCUUCUCUGAGCUCUCCUGCAGAUCUUGUGCUAUAUCCAGUGGAGUUCCUACAGCUGACAUUGUGCAUCCAUCUUGCUCUCCUGGGGGGUGUGUUCCUGGGAGGGAGUUACAUUCAUAAUGAGACAAUAAAGAGUUUGAUACUCCUGGACUACCCAACAAGGGAGAUUGAAAAAAAUAUAUUGUGUUCAACUGAGAAUUAAAAACAAGCUUUCUAUAAAACCCUUUUUUAUUAUUUUUUUGGUUGUUUUUGCAAAGUGAAUUUUAUCUGGUGCAACUGCUCUAGGGCUCUGGGGUGUGCUCUUUCUGAGACUUGGGAAGGGAGCUUACUCUCAGGCUCUGAACCUGAACUCUAAACAGGAUAAGUAUUAUUAGGCUCUUCCUGUGACAAGUCUUUGUAGUAUCUUCCCUUCUCAGAUUCCAGGCAGUUUGCCCUCAGAGCAGCUCUCCCUCCCCAGGGCACCUUUGGGCACUUCCUCCUCCUGCCAGGGCCCCAGAGCUGACCCUGAGGGGCAGGGGGUGCCUGUGGGAGGGGGCUGCCUGCACUCCCUGCCAGGGAUUUGCUGGGGCAGGGUGCCAGCCCCUGCCUGCCCAGCCCCUGGAACUUGGCGCUUCAGGUAUUGAUUACAGUGACAUUUUGAAAAUAAUGCUACAUCUUCAGGUGGUUUUCCUUUCUCAUGUUUGUAUUAAAAGAAAAGCUAAUAA